AUGCUGGAAUCCGACAAAUUUGAUCCUCUAGAAGAGGCAUACGAUGGCGGACUUCCUCUAAGCAGCGACGUGUCCGGAUUCGGCGCGUCAUCGUCCAAAAUGCAGUUUUGGGCCGAUGCAAUCCCGCAAAAACAGGGUCUGUAUGAUCCAGAAUACGAACGCGACGCCUGUGGUGUUGGUUUCGUCGCCAACAUCAAGGGCUUGCCCUCACACAAAAUCGUCUCGGAUGCGCGCUACUUGCUGUGCAACAUGACCCACAGAGGUGCAGUUUCGUCGGGUGGAAACGGUGACGGUGCCGGUAUCUUGGUCGGUAUUCCUCAUGAGUUCAUGAAGCGCGAGUUCAAAAUAGAGCUCGACGUUGACGUGCCCGCUAGGGGCCAAUACGCAGUCGGAAACUUUUUUUUCAAAAAGGACUCUGCCGAGACCCUCGACAUCGGGAAACGCGCCUUCGAGGAGAUUGCCCAGUCUCUGGGACUCUCCGUGCUGGCAUGGCGUUCUGUCCCACGCGACUCGUCGCUUCUAGGUGCCGUCGCACUCUCCCGCGAGCCUACUAUUCUACAACCUCUCGUGGUACUCACAGCCGCUCAUCAAACACAGCAGCAGAUUUCUGAGGAGGACUUCAAGUCUCAGUACGACGUUGAGUUUCAAACUCUGCUGUACAUCCUGCGGAAGAAGGCAACAUCCGCCAUUGGCAUACAGAACUGGUUUUACGCCUGUUCUUUGAACACAAAGACUAUUGUUUAUAAGGGCCAGUUGACCCCAACCCAGGUAUACCAGUACUAUCAUGACUUGACCAACGCUCACUUCGAGUCUCACAUGGCUCUCGUCCACUCCCGUUUCUCCACAAACACUUUCCCCUCUUGGGAUAGAGCUCAGCCGCUGCGGUGGAUCGCUCACAAUGGUGAAAUUAACACCCUUCGUGGUAACAAGAAUUGGAUGCGUUCGCGUGAAGGUGUCAUGGCCUCAGAAACAUUCAAGGAAAAUCUUGAACAGCUAUACCCAAUUAUCGAGGAAGGUGGCUCCGAUUCCGCCGCUCUCGACAACGUAUUGGAGCUCCUUGUCAUAAACGGCGCGCUUUCUCUACCAGAGGCCAUCAUGAUGAUGGUUCCUGAAGCCUACCACAAGGACAUGGACUCUAACUUGAAGGCCUGGUUUGACUGGGCUGCCUGUUUGAUGGAGCCCUGGGACGGGCCUGCUCUGCUAAACUUCACCGAUGGUCGUUACUGUGGUGCUAUACUCGACAGAAACGGUCUGCGGCCUUGCCGUUACUACAUCACUUCGGAUGAUCGCGUUAUCUGUGGUUCCGAAGUGGGUGUUAUUCAAGUUGAUAACUCGCUGGUAGUACAAAAGGGGAAGCUUAAGCCAGGCGAUAUGUUUCUAGUCGACACAGAGCUAGGUCAGAUGGUCGAUACCAAAAAGAUGAAGUCUCAGUUUUCUAAGAAGCGCGACUUCAAAUCUUGGCUAUCUAAGCUAAUUAAGGUCGAAGACCUGCUGGCAAAAACCGAAAAGCACACACCUAAGAGGUUUUUGAGUGACAAACAUGCAUCUUUGAAAGCUCAGCAAGACCCAAGACUGCUAGCUCUGGGAUACACUUUUGAACAAGUUUCCAUGGUUCUCGUACCCAUGGCUCUUGGAAGUAAGGAAGCCCUAGGUUCCAUGGGUAACGAUGCUCCUUUGGCCUGUCUAAACGAAGACCCUGUCCUGCUUUACGAUUAUUUUAGGCAGCUCUUCGCCCAAGUCACCAACCCUCCUAUCGAUCCAAUUCGUGAGGCGAACGUGAUGUCCUUAGAGUGCUACGUUGGCCCUCAAGGUAAUCUUCUGGACAUCUAUCCAUCUCAAUGUGACCGACUACUUUUGAAGUCUCCGAUUUUACACUGGAAAGAGUUUGAGGCCAUUAAGAACAUCGAGAAAGUUCACCCCGCUUGGUCCACAGCAAACAUCGAUAUCACUUUUGAAAAGUCGCAGGGGCUGCUAGGAUACACUGCUGCUCUUGAUCGCAUAACUCAAGAGGCUUCUGAUGCCAUUGAUCAAGGAAAACGUAUUCUCAUGAUCUCUGAUAGAAGGCUAAGUGCUGACCGUGUUCCACUGUCGUCUUUGAUCGCUAUUGGAGCUAUUCACCAUCACUUGAUUAGAAACAAGCAACGUUCGCAAGUGGCAUUGAUCUUGGAGACAGGCGAAGCUAGAGAGGUUCACCACUUCUGUGUUCUUCUCGGUUAUGGUUGCGAUGGUAUUUUCCCCUACUUGGCAAUGGAGACAUUAGUGAGAAUGAAUCAAGAGGGAUUAGUCCGCAAUGUAGACAAUGAUGAGACUGUCAUUGAUGAUGCCACUUUGUUGGAGAACUACAAGCAUGCCGUCGACGGUGGUAUUCUAAAGGUCAUGUCAAAGAUGGGUAUUUCUACUUUGGCCUCGUACAAAGGUGCUCAAAUUUUCGAGUCCCUGGGUAUUGACAACACUGUUGUUGAUCUCUGUUUUGCCGGAACAGCAUCCAGAAUUCAGGGUGUAACCUUUGAGUACAUCGCGCAAGAUGCAUUCUCUAUGCACGAGCGUGGAUUCCCCAGCAGAAAAACAAUCUCGAAAUCCGUCAAUCUACCAGAAAGCGGAGAGUACCACUGGAGAGACGGUGGAGCCAAACACAUCAACGACCCUACAGCCAUCGCAUCUCUUCAGGACUCGGUUCGCAACAAAAACGAAAACGCCUGGGAGAUGUAUGUGAAGAAAGAAAUGGAUGCUAUAAGGGAUUGUACACUAAGAGGUCUCCUCGAGUUGAACUUUGAAGAUGCCAGCCCAAUUCCGCUCGAACAAGUCGAACCUUGGACUGAGAUCGCUAGGAGAUUCGCCACAGGUGCUAUGUCUUACGGUUCGAUCUCUAUGGAAGCUCACUCCACGCUUGCGGUGGCGAUGAACAGGCUAGGUGCAAAAUCCAACUGCGGUGAAGGUGGUGAAGACUCCGAGCGUUCUAUCGUGCACGCGAACGGUGACACGAUGAGAUCUGCCAUCAAGCAGGUUGCAUCGGCCCGUUUUGGUGUCACCUCGCACUAUUUGUCUGACGCUGACGAAAUUCAAAUCAAAAUCGCUCAAGGUGCCAAACCAGGCGAAGGUGGUGAAUUACCAGCACACAAAGUCUCCGCCGAUAUCGCGAAGACGAGACACUCGACCCCGUACGUGGGUCUCAUCUCACCUCCUCCUCAUCAUGACAUCUACUCCAUUGAGGAUUUGAAGCAAUUGAUCUACGAUCUUAAAUGUUCGAACCCAAGAGCAGGCAUUUCUGUCAAGUUGGUAUCAGAGGUCGGUGUCGGUAUCGUUGCUUCUGGUGUGGCAAAAGCUAAGGCAGACCACAUUUUGGUUUCCGGUCACGAUGGUGGUACUGGUGCGUCGAGAUGGACCGGUAUUAAAUACGCUGGUUUGCCUUGGGAACUGGGGCUUGCCGAAACCCACCAAACUCUAGUUUUGAACGAUUUGAGACGUAACGUUGUUGUGCAAACAGAUGGUCAAUUGAGAACUGGUUUCGAUAUCGCCGUCGCUGUCUUGUUGGGUGCCGAAUCCUUCACUUUGGCUACGGUGCCAUUGAUUGCCAUGGGAUGUAUUAUGUUGAGAAAGUGCCACUUGAAUGCAUGUGCUGUUGGUAUCGCUACGCAAGACCCCGCGCUAAGAGAAAAAUUCAAGGGCCAACCAGAGCAUGUUAUCAACUUCUUCUACUAUUUGAUCCAGGAUUUGCGUAAAAUUAUGGCUAAGUUGGGAUUCCGCACCAUUGAUGAGAUGGUAGGCCAUUCUGAGAUGUUGAGAAAGCGGGACAAUGUCAAUACAAAAGCGAUUAACAUCGAUCUUUCUCCAAUUUUGACUCCUGCUCACGUAAUUCGUCCAGGUGUUGCAACCAAAUUCACGAAGAAGCAAGAUCACAAGUUGCACACACGUUUGGACAACAAACUGAUCGAUGAAGCCGAGAUUACUCUCGACCGCGGUCUUCCCGUUAAUAUCGAUGCCUCGAUCAAAAAUACGGAUCGUGCUCUCGGGGCUACUCUGUCUUACAGAAUAUCCAAAAAGUUUGGUGAAGAAGGUCUACCUCAAGACACGGUUGUAGUAAACAUCGAAGGUUCUGCUGGUCAAACUUUCGGUGCCUUUUUGGCUUCGGGUGUAACUUUCAUCUUGGAUGGUGAUGCCAAUGAUUACGUUGGUAAGGGUCUUUCUGGUGGACGUUUGGUCAUCAGACCCCCUCCUGACUCCACUUUCAAGAGCGACGAGAACGUUAUCGUCGGUAACACCUGUUUCUAUGGAGCUACCUCUGGUACUGCGUUUAUUUCUGGUGUUGCCGGAGAGAGAUUCUGCGUUCGUAACUCCGGAGCUACCAUUGUUGUUGAACGUAUCAAGGGUAACAACGCGUUCGAAUACAUGACAGGCGGUCGUGCGGUUGUCUUGUCCCAGAUGGAAUCCUUGAAUGCCUUUUCAGGUGCUACUGGUGGUAUCGCCUAUUGUUUGACGUCAGACUACGACGACUUUGCUGGAAAAAUCAACUUGGAAACCGUUGAGCUGCAAAGUUUGGUGGAUCCUGUGGAAAUUGCAUUCGUUAAGAACUUGAUUCAAGAGCAUUUCAACUACACCAAGUCCGAACUGGCUGCCAGAAUAUUAGGAAACUUUAACCACUACUUGAAGAACUUCGUUAAAGUCAUUCCAACCGACUACAGGAAAGUUCUUGAGAAAGAUGCUGCAGAAAAGUUGAAAUUGAAGGAAUCUAACGCUGCAAAGUUCCUGAAGAAGUUCAAUUCAGGAACGGAUUUGAAAGCCGACGCUACUAACGGAGAGGUUGACGGCAUAAGAGAUUCUAGAAUCAAGGCUGCCUCUGUUAGCCACAAGACUACGCUUGCCGAACCCAAAGUGCAGGAUCUGGAAGAUGCUAUUCAAGAUGUGAGUCAAUUGGAUAAGAAUGCUGAGAAAAUCGAAAAAACUCGUGGGUUUAUGUUGUACAAGCUUCGUCACGAAAAAUAUCGCGGCACCAAGUCACGCACGAAAGACUGGAAAGAGCUUUCGAGCUGUCUAACAAAGAAGGAUGCCAAGUACCAAACUGCCAGAUGUAUGGACUGUGGUGUUCCAUUCUGUACCGCUGACACUGGUUGUCCAAUUUCUAAUGUCAUUCCUAAAUUCAACGAGUUGGUGUUCAAAAACCAAUGGAAGCUGGCUUUGGACAAAUUGUUGGAAACCAACAACUUCCCUGAGUUCACAGGUCGUGUCUGCCCAGCUCCUUGCCAAGGUUCUUGUACUUUGGGGAUUAUCGAUGAUCCUGUUGGAAUCAAGUCCAUUGAACGUUUGAUUAUCGACAAUGGGUUCAAGGAGGGAUGGAUUCAACCACAAAUUCCAGAGUUCAGAACAGGGCGGACAGUCGCCAUUAUUGGUUCAGGUCCUGCUGGUUUGGCAUGCGCCGAUCAGUUGAACAGGGCAGGUCACACCGUUACGGUCUAUGAAAGAGCCGAUCGUUGUGGUGGUUUGCUGAUGUAUGGUAUCCCCAACAUGAAGUUGGACAAGUCAAUUGUUCAGCGCCGUGUUGAUUUGAUGGCCGCCGAAGGCGUUCAGUUCGUGACUAACGUGGAAAUCGGUAAAGACAUUACCACUGAACAGUUGAAAUCUGACCAUGAUGCUGUUGUUUACGCGAUAGGUUCUACCAUUCCAAGAGAUCUCAGAAUCCCUGGUCGUGAGUUGAAAAAUAUCGACUAUGCUAUGACUUUGCUGACAGCCAACACUCAAGCUCUGCUAAACAAGGACUUGGAAACAGUUCGCCAACAAAUCGCAGGUAAGAAGGUAAUUGUUAUUGGUGGUGGUGACACCGGUAAUGACUGUCUGGGUACAUCCGUGAGACACGGUGCGGCCUCGGUGUUGAACUUUGAGCUACUGCCUCAACCACCAAAUGAGCGCUCUAAGGAUAAUCCUUGGCCACAGUGGCCUCGUGUCAUGAGAGUUGACUACGGUCACGCCGAAGUCAAGGAACACUAUGGGAGAGAUCCUCGUGAAUACUGCAUUCUCUCGAAAGAAUUCAUCGGUAACGAAGAAGGCGAAGUGAAGGCGAUCAAGACGGUUCGUGUGGAAUGGAAGAAGUCCGAAUCUGGCGUCUGGCAAAUGGUGGAGGUUCCCGGUUCCGAAGAAAUUUUCGAAGCCGAUGUUGUUCUCUUGUCGAUGGGCUUUGUGGGUCCAGAAUUGUUUGAGGAUUCUAGUGUCGUUAAGACCAAAAGAGGCACCAUCGACACGUUGUCGGACGCGUCGUACUCAGUUGACGGAGGCAAGACUUUUGCUGCUGGUGACUGCAGACGCGGUCAAUCUUUGAUCGUUUGGGCCAUCCAAGAGGGCAGAAAGUGUGCCACCUCGGUCGACAGCUUUUUGAUGGGCUCCACCAACUUGCCUGGCAACGGUGGUAUUGUGAAACGUGACUACAGACUUUUGGAGGAAUUGGCAUCUACUGUCGAUGCCUGA